CAAUUGAGCACAUCCGGUAACAAAACAAAAUGCCGAUAGAAAAUUUAGAAGAAGAAGGACUUGAGAAAAACCCUAACUUUGAACACGCUCAAUGGAAAUUUCUUUUAGAAACUGACAAAUACAAAAAUGACGUUGAAAUUAAAAAGAAGCUUUUGGCCGCUGUGGAGGCAAACUGUAUGGCUCCAUUUUAUGAAGAACUUUGUAAAGAUUUAAAAUGGAAAUGUGAUGAAAAUCUACUAAAGAAAAUGAAAGCAGCUAAUGAGGCAGAAUUGAAGAAGCUUGAUGUCUCCAUAGAAGAUGCAGAAAAAAAUCUAGGAGAGACCGAAGUUAGGGAGUUCAUGCUAAAAAAGGCAGAAUAUCUGUGCAAGAUUGGAGACAAGGAGGCCUCACUGACCCAGUUUCGGAAGACCCAGGAGAAGACGGUGACCCUGGGGUACAGAUUGGACCUGGUGUUUCACCUGAUCAGGAUGGGGCUGUAUUACAUGGACCAUGACCUCAUCACCAGGAACCUGGAGAAGGCACAAAGUCUGAUUGAUGAGGGUGGAGACUGGGAUCGCAGGAACCGCCUAAAGGUCUACCGUGGUGUCUACUGUAUGUCCAUCCGAGACUUUAAGCAGGCCGCGACCUUGUUUCUGGACACUGUGGCGACCUUCACCUCGUAUGAACUGAUGGACUAUCAGACGUUUGUUACUUACACAGUGAUAUGCAGCAUGAUUGCUUUAGAAAGACCAGAACUCAGGGAAAAGGUUGUGAAAGGCUCAGAAAUUCUAGAAGUGCUUCACAGUCUACCCAAAAUCCGAUCCUUCCUGUUCGCUCUCUAUGACUGCCAUUACUCCGAUUUCUUCAGAUACUUAGCCCAGGUGGAGGACAUGCUGAAGUUUGACCGUUUCCUGUCCCCCCACUACCGUUACUUCACCCGUGAGAUGAGGAUCAUCGCCUACACUCAGCUACUCGAGUCCUACAGGAGUCUCACACUGGACUACAUGGCUAACUCAUUUGGGGUCACCAAUGAGUUCAUUGACCAGGAGCUGGCCAGAUUUAUAGCAGCAGGGAGACUUCAUUGUAAGAUAGACAAAGUGAAAGGCAUCGUAGAAACCAAUAGACCAGACAACAAAAAUUGGCAAUAUCAGGCCACAAUCAAGCAAGGAGACAUCUUACUAAACCGAGUCCAGAAGCUGAGUAGAGUGAUCAACAUAUAGAUCUGUUAUCCGGGGAUGUCGGGGGUUGUCGUGAUACUGUGUCCGAUCUGGUCCGGGACCGUAACUCUGUGUGACUCUGUCAGUGCUUGUUUCAUUAUUACCUGUUCAUGCUGUUGUCAUCUGUGUCCAUACAGUGGACAUUUGGAGUAAAUGCUUCGUAAAGAUUUAAUGAAAAACAAAAUAAAAAUAUCAAAUGA